CAGAUUGGAGAGGCAGAGGGGCUUCACUAACAGACACAACCGCUGGCCGAGGACUGGAAGGAGUUCCAGAUACCAUCAAGAUGCCCAAGAUUGAAAAAACCGUGCUCCAAAAUGAUCCCAAUGAAGCAGAGAGUGGAGCCCGUAAGCCUAAAACACCAGGGCAGAGUCAGGAAAACAAGAGCUUCUGUUUAGAUGACCACUGUCCUGAGAGUCAACAUGAAGUUCUUUCUGUCACAGAUCUGAUAGAGACAGUUAACGAAGUUUCUAAGCUUAGCAUUGCUCAUGAAAUCGUGGUAAAUCAAGAUUUUUAUGUGGAAGAGAGUGUAUUACCUCCCAACAGUCUUGAAGGCAGGAUUAUGGAGAUGAUGUACAAUGCUUUUUGGGACCAUCUGGAAGACCAGCUAUCAAGUAUUCCCCCCGACUUCACUUGUGCUCUUGAACUUCUAAAAGAAGUUAAGGAGAUCUUGCUAUCGCUGCUAUUACCACGCCAGAACUACCUGAGAAACGAGAUUGAAGAAGCUCUGGACAUGGAUCUCCUCAAGCAAGAAGCAGAGCAUGAGGCCCUGGAUGUUCCUCAUCUCUCUAACUACAUUCUCAAUUUGAUGAUCCGGCUAUGUGCACCAGUCCGAGAUGAAGCAGUGCAAAAACUAGAGAGCAUAACAGAUCCUGUGCAGUUACUGAAGGGUAUCUUUCAUGUUCUGGGCCUGAUGAAAAUGGACAUGGUGAACUAUACUAUCCAGAACCUUCGACCCUACCUGCAGGAACAUUCUGUCCAGUAUGAAAGAACUAAAUUCCAGCAACUCCUCAACAAGCAGCCCAGUCUCCUCGAUUGCACCACAAAAUGGCUGAUCAAAACGGCUGUAGAUCUCACUACACCAUCUCCAAGUUCUCCUGAGUCUCCCAGCUCCUCCAGGAUGGCCUGUUCACCUCCAAAUUGGGCAGCUAACAACUCAGAGCUUCCCAGUUCCACCAUGGUGCUGUAUGAGGGUUACGUGAACCUUCUUCUCUGGGAUUCUGACAUUGAAGAGUUUCCCGAGACUCUGCUGAUGGACAGAAUGCGGCUGCGGGAGAUAGAAUCCCAGUUGAACCAAUUAACAAUACUGGCCUCAGUCUUGUUAGUGGCCAGAAGUUUCUCUGGUAACACUUUAUUCAGCACACCUAAAUUUUUGGAUAAACUAAAAUGUAUAACCAAGGCCCUGAUGGAAGAAUUUAACCCCAGGCCUGAAGAGGCUAUGGUGAGUGUGAGUGAACAAGUGUCUUAUGAAAUCCAUCAAGGCCUCAAAAACGUGGGCCUCAAUGCCCUGAGUAGUGAAAAGACAGCAUCUCUUAUAGGCCAACUUCAGAACAUUGCCAAGAAAGAGAACUGUGUUCGUAGCAUUAUUGAUCAGCGGAGCCGCUUUUUUCUCAAAUGCUGUUUGGUUCAUGGUAUGCAGGAGUCUCUGCUGGACUUCCCUGGAGGCCUUAUUCUCAUCAAGGAAGAGUUGGCAGAACUGGGUUGGAAGUUUGUCAAUCUGAUGCAUCACAAUCAGCAGGUGUUUAGCCCCUACUACGAAGAAAUCCUGAAAGAUAUCAUCCCUCCAGCUCAAGCACAAGAGAAAGAAGUGGAGUCUGUCUGAUAGUGCUGGACUCCGACUAUGGCAACAGGGACCCAGGAGAGAGGGCUCAGCAUGUUCCUGGGAUGACAUCACCUGUGGCCAGCAGAUCAGCCUCUUCCUCAAUAAAGCCCAGACACAGGGCUGCAGGGUUCAAGCAUGUAAACACCAACUGGCUCAGCCUCCUUCAUAAUAAACUGAGCUGCAAGAAAA